CCGGGGCGGCGGCGGAGCUCGGCGGGCGGCAGCGGCGCCGGGCAGGGCAGGGCGCAGCCAUGGGGGCCCCGGGGCUGGAGCGGCACCGGCUGGCACUGCUGGCGGCCCGGGAGGACGUGGGCAACCCGCGGACGGCCACCAACUGGGCGGCCUUUGCCUACGAGAGGCACCACGACCUCAAGCUGCUGGACUCCGGAGCCGGCGGCCCGGAGCAGCUGGCCGGGAAGUUCUCCGUCAGCAGCGUCAUGUACGGGCUGUGCCGCGUGCCGGACCCCAGCACCGGCGUACCCCGCGUCAUCCUCAUCAGCUGGGUCGGGGAGCAGGCGCCUGAGUCCCAGCGGCAGGCGUGCGCCGGGCACCUGCCGGCCAUCAGAGCCUUCUUCAGGGAGGCCAGCGCGGUGCUGAGCGCCCGCCGCACUGAGGAGGUGACGCAGGAGGGGCUGCAGCACGCGCUGGCCCAGCUAGCACCCGCCAGAGCCCCCGCCGCUGGGAGAGGGUCCCCCCCGGACGCCCAGGAGCCGGUGGGCACCAACUACCAGAAGACGAACGCUGCCCUGGAGAUCCGCCGGACCGAGCGGGACUCCUUCUGGGCGCAGGCGGAGCGCGAGGAGCAGCAGCGCAAGGAGGCCGAGCGGCGCCGGGAGCUGGAGCAGCAGCAGCGCUGGGAGCAGCAGCGCCGGGAGCAGGAGAGGCGGGAGGCGGCGGCGCGUGAGCUCCGCUGCCAGGAGAAGGAGCGCUUGGUGGAGGAGCAGCGGAAGGAGCAGGCACGGCUGGAGGCGCAGGAGCGUGCCAAGGACGGAGCCCGUGGGGAGCAGCGGCGGGAGCACCGGGAAGCCACGCGGGACUCCGGCGAGAAGGCAGCCGAGGCGGCCGCGCAGGUCUCCCAGCGCAUGCCGAACCCGUGGGAUUUCUUCCGGCAGUGGGAGCGCUCGGCCCCCGGCGCCCCGGCGCCUGCCUCCCUGCGGGGCCCCAGGGUGGGCAGGGGCCCCACCGGGGCUGGGGGCCGGGGGGCCGGGGCCGGGCACCCACCGAGCCCCCUGUCUCGUGCUGCCGGCGCCCGGCAGCCUGUCCUGCGGAACCGGCGCAGCCUCACGGAGUCGGCCUACAUCUUCCGCCGGCCGGAGCCCCCCGGCCCCCCCGGAGCCCCUUGCAGCUCCUCUGGGAUCAGGUCCCCCACACCUGGUGCCACCCCAGGGACCCCCAGCCCGACCGGGGCAGGACCCCCCCCUCCUGCCUCCCCCACCGGGACCAGGUCCCCCACACCUGGUGCCACCCCAGGGACCCCCAGCCCGACCGGGGCAGGACCCCCCCCUCCUGCCUCCCCCACCGGGACCAGGUCCCCCCCGCCUGGUGCCACCCCAGGGACCCCCAGCCCGACCGGGGCAGGACCCCCCCCCUCCUGCCUCCCCCACCGGGACCAGGUCCCCCACACCUGGUGCCACCCCAGGGACCCCCAGCCCGACCGGGGCAGGACCCCCCCCUCCUGCCUCCCCCACCGGGACCAGGUCCCCCCCGCCUGGUGCCACCCCAGGGACCCCCAGCCCGACUGGGGGCCCCCCUACCUUUGCCAUCCCCCCUGGGCCAGGGUCCCCAGACAGCAGUUGUGGAGCAGAGCCCCUGCCCCCCUGCAGCACCCCUGGUGGGGGGCUGCUGCCCCCGGGGUCCCCCCCAGCUAGGGACAGCUUCCCCCCAUGCCCCUGCCCCCCUGCCAGCCCCCCGGCACAGGGGGACACGGGGCUGCCAGUGGGGCUGGGCGAGGGCUCCCCGCCA